AUGUCGCAAUCUCACUCUAUAUUAUCAUCGCUGAUUCUCCUCGUUGCAAUUAUCUUCUGUGUCCCGCAUGUCAUCGCAGUACCUUGGACCACGGACGGUCAUGCUCAAUUAUCACCUGUAACCCCGCGAUAUCCUACGCAGGAACCAUCGGGCAUUAGAUAUCGCAAUGUGAUUCCCCAAUUGACAUGGUUAUGUGAUACUGCGAUAGAAAAGAUAUUUGGUCUCCCUCCGAAGGUCGCAAAGAAACCUGAUGUGCCGGGAAAUGUUGCGCGACCUACCAAUGCUCAACUUCCAGCUACUUUACUCGCGAAAUAUGGCGGCGAUGUAGUUCUGCGAUUCAAUCUCACUACUCCGGCGGAAGAACAGGCUUUGGCUGAGGCGGCAGAUACGUUAUUUUUGGAUAUUUGGGAGUUUACAAGUAAUUGGGCAGACAUUCGUUUGAGGGAAGAUGAUGUUCCCUCAUUACUCGGUCUUUUACCAAAAUCUCUACAGAAUGCAUACUCUCAUCUGAUGCCUGACUUGGCGAAAAGUAUUUAUCAAUCCUACCCAUCGAUGGCAUAUGCAGAUGCAGCCUUUUCUUCGAAGCAUGUUGAAAGGGCAUUCACUCCAGCUUUGAGAACUAGUAAGGUCGAGGGUGCGGAUAAUAUAUUCUUUCAAAAUUAUCAACCACUGUCCGUCAUUAUACCAUGGAUGCGCCUCAUGUCUUCCAUGUUCUCAACCCAUGUUCGGAUGAUUAACAUCGGAAUUUCUUAUGAGGGUCGCGAUAUCCCAGCUUUGAGGAUCGGUGUAUCACCAAAUCUACCUUCAGAAGCAACCAAGCCACGGAAAACUAUUAUAUUAUCUGGUGGAUUUCAUGCUCGGGAAUGGAUAUCAGUUAGCUCUGUGACCUAUGCUGCUUGGUCUUUGAUUACUUCUUAUGGAAAAUCGCCAGCUAUCACAAAGCUUCUCCAGGAAUUCGAUUUCGUCCUUGUUCCUACUAUUAAUGUUGAUGGAUAUGUGUAUACCUGGGAGAACGACCGUUUAUGGCGCAAAAACAGACAACAGACCAAUCUUCGAUUUUGUCGAGGUCUCGAUUUGGACCGUGGAUUUGGUUUCGAAUGGGGUUCAUCGACUCAAACUAAUCCUUGUUCCGAAAGUUACCCAGGAGAUGCACCUUUCCAAGCUGUUGAAUCGCAUAGGUUUGCGGAAUGGGCCAAGAAUGAAACCGAGAAUAAUAAUGUUCAUUUUGUUGGUUUCUUGGAUUUACAUUCGUAUUCCCAACAAGUCUUAUAUCCUUAUUCUUAUUCCUGUUUAGCCGAUCCACCUAGUCUAGAAAAUCUGGAAGAACUAGGCAUAGGACUUGCAAAGGCUAUUAGAAUAUCUAGUGGAGAACAAUAUACUGUUGCUUCUGCUUGUGAAGGUGCUAUCUCUUCGAAAAUCCCAGGGUACUCAUCGACAUCUAGAAUGGAAAUGGGAGGAGGUUCCGCUAUUGAUUGGUUUUAUCACGAAUUAGGAGUACGGUACAGCUAUCAGAUUAAGCUGAGAGAUACAGGAAGUUAUGGAUUCUUACUUCCAAAAGAGAACAUUGUUCCUACUGGAGAGGAGGUAUUCAAUGUUAUCAAAUACUUUGGUGAUUUCCUUCUUGGCGAUAAAGGUAUUGAGAAAGCAAAAUCUUCAGAGGAAGAGCCGAUCACAAAACCCGUCAAAUCAGAAUUACCCCUUGGAGUUAUGGAAGAAGAAUCGGUGAUUUCUGAUGAGAUAGAGGAUGAAUAUGAAGAUAUCAACUUGGAAUUGAAGCGGAGGCGGAGGUAA